UGUAUGGUCGCGUUGCUAUGACGCAUACUUCGCCAUUCGUCGAAAAUACUAAAUCGCGUUCUCGCGACAUUCUAAUUGGAUUUGCGUUCCGCGACGCUAGGAGAAAAUGUGUCGCGAGACAACGGAGUUGUUGACAGGAACUCGUUAGCAAAGACGAAAAUGAGAAUUGUGUUUCUCGCGAAGGAAUUUCGAGAUCGCCAUACACGAGAAAUCAUCUUGUCCAACUUGUUGAAUAAACAUUUCGUUUGUCUCGUGUAAUAAUAAACUUUAAAUUAGAAAUAAAAAAGAAAAAAAAGUAAAAAAGAUUCCAAGUGCCUUUACUCACAUGAUUAAUUAAUGUGCUGCUGAAGCGACCAUCUGGAAAAAUACUGUACUGAAAUCUAAGGAAUUCUGAAGUUAUCAAAAAAAUUAUUUAUUUACUUACGCGUAACAACCUACGUUUUGACUUAAAUUUACCCAUUUUUAUUAUUUGAAGUGAAACCUGUUUUUGGUGACUGUGUUUUCCAAGAAUAUCUACUUAUCUGUUUGUUUAAUUAAUUCCUAUUGAGGAAGGUUGCUAUCUUAAGCAAGGAUGUUUUUGUAAGCAUGUGACAAAAUAUUUUUUGAGUACUUAAAUCGAAUGUGGUCAAGAAGAUGUGUCUCGACGCAAUCUGGCUUCCAUAGAAGUGAGGCAUUGAAAAUGUAGAGACUUUAUAUAUUAGUUGCCUGUGAGAAAAUAUUUGCAUUCAAAAAAAGAUGACACGCACGGAAAUCGUGGCUCUUGUUUUAAUUUUUGUUAGCAUAUCUGCCUACGAAUAUGAACAUACUACCGCAGAUCAAUGUGAUUGGUCUGGAAGCGGGGGAGGAGAAGAUGGUGGCAUCCGGCCAGUUUAUCUCCGAUGUGCUCGAGGAACAGUACUCUGGCGUUAUCCUCAUGGAGCUUUGAGAGUGGUGCUGUCCUUUCCAGUCUCAGCUUCAACGAGUCUCUCCCUGGAUAAUACAGGCUUUCGUACCUGCAUUAAACUCUCCGGACCUGUGCGGGCAUUUCUGGAAGCUAAUGGCAAAUUGAGGCAACUUUAUUCUCCAAAUGAUGGAAAGCAUGUACUUGCGCACAGAUGUUUUCGCGCACAGAAGUCUACGGCAGCACUCUACAUAGAAGCAGAGGAAGAUUAUUCUUUCAAGAAUGCUAAAGUUAAACUCCAAUAUGAUCUGGAACCGAGCUCAGUGAAAGGUGGUGCUCUACAUAUUCCAGAUGAGGAAGAGGAGUGCAGACCCUGUUCUAUGGAAGAGCUUGCCAAGGCUUAUUGCCAGAGCGAUCUGGUUGCCAGAGGCACGGUCUCUGCUGUUGAACAGCAACUUGAUAUGGAUACUGCUGAAUUGAUAUUUAGGAUCACCAAGAUUAUGCGUCAAGUGAAUCAAGAAAUAGAGGGUAACGAGAGCAAUGACGUAGCAAUGUUUUCGAAGAAGAAAGUACGCAUAAGAGUACCAGUGGUGUGCGACGCGCGACAUGGUCUCGGAGAAUUCGUGAUAAUGGCCAAAAGACGUCUCGGAGAUUUUAUUCUAGUGUGCGCGCCUAGACUGGAGAUGUGGGCACAAACCGUACGCGAGAUGGACACUGCACCUUGCGUUCUUCACAGUUAGUUGAUUCGAUGUAAUUUUCUUCGAAAAGCUUGUAAAGAAUUUUUAUACGCCGAAUAACAGGUAGGAGUAUAUAGUAUUGUUUUAUAAAAGUUGUAAAAUUAAUCUAACAAGCGAUACAUUACUAAAAAAAAACAAAAUAGCUUAUCUAGCCGUUUGUAUGAGAAUGUUAUGUACAUAGGGAGCUAUUAUUCUUCGUGUACAUAGCGCGCAUUGCCAGACUAUCGAUCUCUAUACUGUGAUAUUAUUUGUUGCAUUAAGAUGAACACGAUGGAGCGUGCACGAGAGGACACAUACUGUUCUAACAUAUGCUCUAGAAAGCAAAAAUCAUACAAAAUAUCUUCAAUAUAUUGUGUAUUUUUUCUCUUAACGAAAACGUUAUUACAAGUCUUUUUAUAAUUGUUUUACAUGUUUUCACAAUAAUCGGAAUAUUAUAAAACUCUUUUUGUUCAGACACCAGAAGGACAAAACAUAAAUGUAUGUAAAUAACUUUGUUAACAUUGCUUAUAUAUAUAUCAUAUACAUAUAUAUA